AUGAGAGCCGAGCUUUUGGCUUAUGUUUUGCUGGUACCUGUGGUUCGGGCCUUUGUCCCACCGGGCACUAAUGCUUUUUUCCAAAAUGCGCAACAUAGAGAGCUUGCCGUUCGCAAGGAUACGCCACACUGGUUCGUCACGGUGGCGGAAGGAGAAACGGCUGUGCCGGACUCCAACGAGUCUAUCAACGUGACGGCAGUCAGCCUGGAGGCUUCGGCAGUUACUGUGACGGAUGUUGAAAAGGUAGAAAUAUCGGAAGCACAGAAAUUAAUGCAACAAGUGAAAGACGCCGGUACUGCCGGAAUCAUCUCGUACGCGCUCUGGGAGGUUGCUUUUUGGACGGUUUCGAUUCCCGUCGUAAUAUUUGGUUAUAUAGGCGUCACAGGGCACUGGCCAGAUCUCAGUGACAAUGACGAUAUUGCCAAGAUGGGAGCCGAGGCCUUUGCCUUUGUCAAUUUUGCCCGAUUUGCCGUCCCACUUCGAAUUGGUUUAGCGCUCUCGACCACACCGUGGAUUCAAAAUAAUGUGGUUGACAAGUUCUUCCACAAGGAGGAAAAAUGA